UUUAUUUUAACCGUUGCGUAACAAAAUUGGCGACCUUGCCAGGAUCCAGGUGCCGUGUAAUGUAUUAGGAAACUGCAUCAUUUAUGCCAGUUAUCUCUACCCGUCUUUGUAAACAUGGCAUCUAUCAUUAGUGAAGAGGAUGUCAAGAAUUUUCUUUCAUCAGAACCAUCUGUUGAGAAAGUUGAAUCAUUAGGGAACCAUGAACUAAAAUUAGUUGCUAAAUUUCUUGAACUGGAGUUUCCUUCAGAUGUAAAUAGAUUCCCAUUAGUUAACAUGAUUAACAGGAAAUUGUUUGGUAUAGAGGAUCCUUUUUCAGGGAAUUUCCCUGAAGAAAUUGACCGUGUUCAUGACUUUUCAGCUUCACAUGAAGUUACAAGUGAAGGCUCAAGCAAUCUUAAAGACCCUUGUGUGCUCUUAGAAUUAGAAAAGAUCCGUCUGGAGCAGGCCAAACUUGAUUUGCGCCGGGAAGAGAUGAAGCUAAAUCAUGAGUUUAGAAUAAAACAGCUGGAGAGCAAUCCUGUCUCUAUUCAUUCCUUUGAUGUGGCAAGACAGAUGAUGUAGUGGACCAUGGAAAGAUGUCCAAGCCACAUGAUUUUGUACAAGGGAAGAAAUGUAAGAUUUGUAAUUACUGUGGGAAGACUGGCCAUUGGGAGAGAGAGUGUUGGAAGAAGUCACGAGAAAUUAAGGCUAAAUCAGUAGCCUUGGUUUCCACUAAAGUAAGUUUAUCCAAAAAGUUUUCACCUGUAACUGUUUUCCCCAGAAAUGAAAAUAAAGCUUCUUUAAGAAAGUUGGAUGUAAACAGUGGUGAUGGGGCUUUCACUGGAUCGUAUGAUAGUUUUAUGCAUGAAGGUACUGUCUCACUUGAGGGUGGGGAAAAGAAAUCUGUUCAGAUUUUACGGGAUACUGGCGCUUUAAAAUCUCUCAUGUUAAAAGGUUUGGUUGAUUUUGAAAGCCCAGAGAAAAUAGUUGUUCAUGGAGUUGGAGGAUCCAUCUCUGUUACCCCUGUGAGAGUGUACCUUGAGUGUGAAUUCUUUGAGGGUUUUGUGUGUGUAGGCCUGGUGGAUCAAUUGCCUAUGCAUGUGUUCAUUUCCUGUUGGGAAAUGAUAUAGCGGGCAACAAGGUGAACCCUGUCCCGUUAUUAUCUGAGAAACCUGUAGCUGUGGAAGAAACUAAGCAAUUAGUUGAGGAAGUACCCCAUGUGUUCCCUGCCUGUGCUGUAACAAGGUCCAUGUCAACCAAUAUUAAAGUACCUCAGACUGGGAAUGUAAUCAAUCCUGUCACUACUACUGAUACUGAUGCUGUUAACUUGGCUGAUACCUUUUUUGCCACCAUUGACUCUGUAGAUAGAGUAGCACUAGUUAAUCAAACUGAUAUGUCUAAAGGAUUAAUUGAAUUGCAGCAAGCUGACCCUGAGUUGCAAGACUUAGCUGAAGCUGCUGUGGCUGAAAAUGAGUGUGAUGAACUGUCAGUUUGUUACUAUUUGAAAAGGGGUGUAUUAAUGCGUAAGUGGAGACCCCAUUCGUCCCCAGCAACUGACAGUGAGUGGGUGACAGUACACCAGGUAGUAGUUCCAAAUGUUUAUAGGUAUGAUAUAAUGAAACUUGCUCAUGAUUCU